AAAACCCUGAUCCCAUAACACACAAACUCUUUAUCAAACCCUCAAACCACCCCUCUUUCUCUCAUCGCCGCCGCCACCGCCACCGCCACCCAAAAACACCACCAGUCCACCACCGUAGAACCAACGAUGAGGCUACUAACCCACAACAUGCUCGCAUCAAACAUCAAGGGAGUAACCAACGGCUUCCCACUCCGAAUCGAGCCAGAAAAGAUCAUCGAAAAGCCAGUCGAUUUCAACCCCGAUUUCCUCAAAAACAUGUUCUCAAAGAUCGACUGGAAAGCCCUAGCGGACGCUUCCAAGAUCAUGGGGUACGCUGAACUACCCGACGAGGUACCCGAGCAGACAGUGGUUGAAUCCGAUGAGUUUUUGAGGAAGUUUCAUCACGCGCUUCUUGAGGUUCAUCUUGAAGAGGGUGCACUUGUUUGCCCGGAGACCGGUCGCCGGUUUCCGGUUAAUAAGGGGAUACCGAAUAUGUUGCUUCAUGAAGAUGAGGUGUGAGGUUUUGGUUAAUGUAAUAUGUGGUUGGAUGUUUUUUUAAGGUUUUUGGGAUUAGGGUUUUAUGUUGGGGAUUUUGUUAAUGUGUUUGGAAUUAUGAAUGAAUAUCAAGAGGCACUCUUGUUUCAAUUUGGAUUUUAGAAAUUGCAACCUUUGGUAUUGUAGUAAUGGACAAUCAAUUUGGAUAUGGAUUAGUUAAAACCUGCAAGCUAUUAUGUGUGGU